AUGCAAUCAACAGGUGCUUGUAUAUCUAACUGUUCACGACCUUUGAACCCUGACUCCGAGACCCGGUUGCUGGACAUUCUGACGUCACCAAACCUGACGCUCUCCCAACACCAGCGUCGUCUGAUCCUCUCCAUGGGCCAGGCCAUCCCUGAGAGUGACGUCAUCUUCGUGUCCGCCAGCUCCUCCAAUCACUACGACGAGAUGCAGGACAUGUUCUAUAGCCUGCACCAGACGGUGUAUCCUCGUGUCAACAAUUUCACCGUUGUUCUCUUCGACAUUGGUUUAACAGAGGAGCAGAGGAUCAUAACAGAAAAACACUGCCGGUGUCAAGUUGUGACAUUUCCCUACGAAAAAUUUCCAGCCCACGUCAGAGAAUUACAUUGCUAUGCUUGGAAACCUCUGCUGAUAAGAGCUGCUUUCGAAAAAGCUAGGAGACUUCUGGUUUAUCAAGACGCCUCCAUCAGAUGGACAGACCGGAUCAAGCAGGUGCUGGACAGGGGGUGGGACAUUGGCGUCCAAAUCUUCCGGUAUGAUAAUCUGGCCAGGAUACCCCUGCACACUCUGAUACCGACUUUCAACUACUUUGGAGAGGAGCCUUGUGCCUUCAACAUAUUCCCUCAGAUCCUUGCAGGCCUCUCCGUGUACAGGAAGGAUAAAUUUAACAUCCGGGCAAUUCUAGAGCCAUGGGCCAGGUGCGCUCUUGAGCCACAGUGUGUAUGUCCUGUCAUCCCACCUGAAAAGGUCAGGAUGUGUGCCGGCGAGUUCAAGGAUCAUAGAUGUCAUAGAUUCGAACAGUCAGCUAUGGCGAUGAUAACUGCGAAAAUAUUUGGACCUGAUUUAUACCGAGUGCUUGCCCCUGAUAUUAAUCAACUUGUAGCUGUUCGUCGUGGUUCUAAAAAGCCAAACUAUUUUGACUCAACCAAAAAUUGAACACCUCAUUUGUAAUAUCUGUUUGUUUAUUAUGUGUAUGCAUGUUCUUAGACUUCGGCAACUUUUAUUAAAAUAUUUUUAGUGCUCUCCUGUUUCAAUUGAACUUAUCAAAAUCAAGGAUACAUGCUUAU